GAAAGGGUUAAAAAUCAGUCCCCAAGGACUGGGGCAAAGAGCUUGUGUCUAUCUUCUUGAUUGGAAGGUCACAGCUACAGCCACUUGGAGGAUUACAACACUGCAUAUCUUUGUGAGUCGGUACAAAGGCCGACAGUCACUGAAGUUGAUCUAGAAGCUCAGGAGCAGCGGGACUGGAGGUGAGCUGUGAGUGGGAUCGCGAAUUCCAAGAAGGAUGAAUGAAUGCAUGGAAGAAUCCAAAGUCCGGGAGAGGAAGAAGCAAUCCAAAGAAAACAGCAUGCAAAAUGCUGCAGGAAAUGAUUCUGCAGAUCAUGGCAAUGACCUCGAUCACCCAAUUGCCUGGAAGAAACAUAUUAAGGAUAUGAAGGUAGAAUUGUUGGAUCAGUUCAAAGGUCACCUGAGCGAGCUGCUAGACAGAGCCGCAGAAGAAUCCAUUGAGUCCUAUUCACACUAUAAACAAGAGACAAAGUCCCAGGAGUCAGGACACAGGAACAGGGGCAAGAACAUUGCGACAUUGAAAGGAAAAGUCUUUGUGAAUCGAUGCUCGAUCCUCGACGAGCUGUUCGAGAACCCCCACAUUCAGACGAUAUACCACAUGUUCAUCGCCCUCUUCAUCGUCUUCGUUGUCAGUACCAUGGCGGUCGAGUUCAUUGACGAGGGAAGGCUCAUCCUAGACUUUGAUAUGCUGGUGUACGCUUUUGGGAAAUUCCCCAGGGUGUUUGUCACCUGGACCUGCCUCUUCCUCUACACGCUGACUGUGCCCUACAAAGCUCUAGACAUGUGGGGCAGCUCGUACCAGCUGGCCAGAUACCCUCGCCUCGCCACCCUGGCCCUGGGCUUGGUGCUGGUCGUGUGCCAAGUCUGCGUCCUUGGAAUCUACCCUAUCUACACCGUCAUUCAUUACCAGUUGCCCCCAGCCUCGAGGUUCAUUGUGAUCUUGGAACAGCUUCGAUUAGCGAUGAAGAGUUACUCUUACAUACGGGAAAAUGUUCCCAAAGUGUUGAAGGCGAAACGAUCGCAAGGUGAAGUGCUUCAGAUGCCAGCGUUCUCCUGUUACCUUUACUUCUUGUUCUGCCCCACCCUCAUCUAUCGCGACUCAUAUCCCAGGACUCCAAAGAUCAGAUGGAAGUACGUGGCCCUGAACUUUGCUCAGGCCCUUGGCUGCCUCUUCUACUUGUACUUCAUCUUGGUGAGGCUCUGCAUCCCAGUGUUCACCAACAUGAGCAAACAGCCGUUCAGCACCAAGACGCUUGUCCUCUCGAUAUUCAACGCCACCUUACCAGGAACCUUCAUCCUGCUCCUCUUCUUCUACUCCUUCCUCCACUGCUGGCUGAACGCCUUUGCCGAGAUGCUCCGCUUCGGGGACCGCAUGUUCUACAAGGACUGGUGGAACUCCACCUCCUUCGCCAACUACUACCGCACCUGGAACGUGGUCGUCCACGACUGGCUCUACAACUACACCUACACCGACCUGGUCUGGAUACUGGGCAAGAGGUUCCGCGUGGCUGCAAUGCUGUCUGUCUUCAUCCUGUCUGCCAUGGUCCACGAGUACGUGCUGACGCUGUGCCUGGGCUACUUCUACCCUGUCAUGUUCUGCCUCUUUGCCAUCUUGGGAGUAUUCUUCAACUUCAUCUUCAAUGACAGCAGGACGGGCCCCGGCUGGAACAUCAUGAUGUGGGUUUUCCUCUUCAUCGGCCAGGGCAUCCAGGUGUGCCUGUACUGCCAGGAGUGGUACGCACAGAUCCACUGCCCCGUCACUGAGAGGCAUUUCUGGGCGUUGGUGACUCCGCGCUCCUGGUACUGUCGACCAGAGGCCUAAGCCGAUUCCUGAUGUUCUCCCGUGGUUGUGUUCAUCAUAGUGAUCGCUUGAGUGAGAGGCUUUGAUUCCACGACACUCUCUGUGUCACUUAUGUCAAUUCAUCAUUUCAUCACCCAUUGAGCUGCGCACAGUCCUGCCCCUCGCCCCCUGAAAGGUCCAUCAGAGCCACUAGUCCCAUUUACCUAGUCCCAUCUACCUGCUCCUACACAUGCACCUGUCCAAGUCUCUUUUAAAUGUUGUUAUAGAACCUACCACAACUACUUCCUCUGGCAGCUCGUUCCAUACACCCACCACCCUCUGUGUAUAAAAAGUUGCCCCCCGAGUUCCCCUCUCACCUUAAGCCGAUGUCAUCUGGUUCUUGAUUCCCCUACUCUGAAUAAAAGAUUCAUCCGAUCUAUUCCUCUCAUGAUUUUGUACACCUCUAUAAGAUCACCCCUCAUCCUCCUGCGCUUUAAGGAAUAGAGUCCCAGCCUGCUCAACCUCUCCCUGUAGCUCAGACCCUCGAGUCCUGGCAACAUCCUCGUAAAUCUUCUCUGCGCCCUCUCCAGCUUGGCAACAUCUUCCCUACAGCAGAGUGACCAAAACUGAACACCAAUGCUCCAAAUGCAGCCUCACCAAUGUCUUGUACAUCUGUAACAUAACAUCCCCACUGGAAUACUCCAUACUCUGCCUGUUGAAGGCCAAUGUGCUGAAAGCUUCUUCUUGUGGGAUAUUUCCUCAGUUGGGCAGAGCAAUUCCUUCUCUCCAUUCCUUCUCUCCAGAGAUGCUGCCUGUCCCGCUGAGUUACUCCAGCUAUUUAUGUGUCUGAACUCAUUCGCAGGAUGAGACCUCUGCACUGAUGGACACCUCCGCUCAGUCCGCCUUAACCUACCUGAUCUCCUGGUUGCUAAACACUUCAACUCCCCCUCCCAUUCCCACACCGACCUCUCUGCCUGGGCCUCCUCCAUUGUCAGAGUGAGGCCCAGCGCAAAUUGGAGGAACAGCACCUCAUAUUUCACUUGGGCAGCUUACACCCCAGCGGUAUGAACAUUGACUUCUCCAACUUCAGAUAGCCCUUGCUUUCCCUCUCCCUUCCCAGUUCUCCAACCAGUCUGACUGUCUCCGACUACAUUCUAUCUCUGUCCCGCCCCCUCCCCUGACAUCAGUCUGAAGAAGGGUCUCAACCCGAAACAUCACCCAUUCCUUUUAUCCAGAGAUGUUGCCUGUCCCGUUACUCCUUUUUGUGUCUAUCUUUGGUUUAAACCAGUGUUUGCAGUUCCUUCCUAUUAAUAAUACAACUCUACUUUGAUGCAGAGCCGUUUCUGUACGUUGAUCGAAGGUUGCGAAUGUGGCCGUGAGAAUGGGUUUUUUCUUCUUCUUGUCACGGGAUAUUCUGUGAAAUAAAUUCUCCCGAUCUCUCA